AUGACUGCGUACCAUGACCAUGGGCUGGUACAUGCCAGACCUGUUUCUGUUCUACCAACUGGAACUGUGGAGCCCUUUGACGAAGAGAGAGCCAGCAGACGAAAAAUUGCGCAGCAAAGGUCCUUGUUCUAUCUUCUUGUACCGUGGGCUCUUUGUGUAAUUGUGCUUGUUACGGUUGGCUUGAUUGUAUUCCUUACGGCUGGAAAGGACACGACGGCUGCUCCUUCACCACUGCCAGAGAGCCACAACAACAAUAAUACCAAUGACGAGACGCCUGUGGUAGGCUGGACAUGGGAUUUGCCCUUUUCGCUCCCCAACUACACACUCCAUACCUUGAAGUAUGACACCAACUACACGAAACCCCAAUCAAAAGCCCACCUCUGGAUGAAAAAUGACCCCAAUCUCCACAACUAUACUGAAGAGAGACUGAUUCAAAGAUUUGCAAUGGCUACCUUCUAUUAUGCAACUGUUGGAGAAGAAUGGACCCAUCAGGGAGGCGGCACUGUAACCGUAACUGCCGACGCUGCUGGAAGACCAGGGGGGCGCCGCCAGCUACAGCCACCAGGAGGUGGCAGCGGCGGACUCAAAGAAGUCAACAUUACAUCCGAACCUUGGCUGUCCUACAAUGCUUCCGAAUGCACCUGGUUGUCCAGUUCACCACUAAGAAAGAAGGAAGCAUGCAACGAGAAUCAUACCCUAGAGAACUUGGAGCUGCUGGGAAACGGAUUGGCCGGAACACUCCCAGAGGAGUUGGGACUUUUGACAUCACUCACAUACAUCAAGCUGGGCAAAGACAAUAUUGGAGGGACUAUCAUUAGUCAGUUUGGUUCCUUACCCAAGCUUUGGGGUCUUCACUUGUUUGGCUCUCGUCUCACUGGCACCAUACCAUCUGAGCUAGGGUUGCUCUCGAAUACACUCAAGGGUUUUGCUGUCCAGGGAAAUUUCCUAUCGGGGUCCUUGCCAAGUGAGUUUUGGCAACUACGGGAAUUGAAAGAGCUGAGAAUUGCCAACAACCCCCUGGAACUGUCCAUUCCGAACGGCAUGCACAAGUAUAUGCCGAAGUUUCGAGUUCUAUAUGCUGCAAGGCUCGCAACAUUGGAUGGUUCCUUGCCAACAACAUUAGGUCUGUUAACUGGGUUGAGUCACUUUAACAUUGAAGAGAAUGCUGUUACGGGACCACUCCCGAGCGAGUUGGCAACCUUGACAAAGUUGGGAAGCAUCAUUGCCAGCAACAACCAUCUGACGGGUUCUUUGCCUUCGGAAUAUGGUCUUUUCCAUAGCCUUGAGUCACUAGACCUACGAGGCAACAUGGGUAUGGUUGGUCCGUUUUCUCCAGAACUGGCAAAUCUGAAUGAUACUUUGGAAGUAUUAGACUUGCAAGACACUUCCAUUACUGGCACUAUCCCAGAGGAGCUUUGUGGGCUCGAAUCUCUCAAUUUUGCCUGUUCGCCCAGUCUGUGUGGUUGUGACUGCACCUGCAUGGAAUUGUAG